GGGGGGCAUUUGCACCCAAAGCACCACCCAAUGCACCCCCUCCAAAAAAUGUCGACCUUGGUUCUACAAACACCGUUGUGCCCGGUCUGCUGGUCACGCAUGCGACUCUGCAGAAUGGGAUUGCGUAGCUGUCCUCGAUAUUUCCAGGUUAGAUGCACCCGCACGAGUUUUCAAAACCGGAAAUCCCAACUUACGUUAGUUCUGAGAGUCUGUUGAUGUACCUAGUGCAUGAACCUGUCUGUAGUGGAGUGUUGUCAGCACAAUUAUGCAUGCCGUUUAUCACAUUCCACAAGCAGCACCGAAACUGGAUUCACGUCGCACUAUACUACCGGACGCGUUGAGGAACACCGGCAUCAAGCAAAGUCGCUAGCAUCGGCGGAUCACCACUGGCACUUGGCCCAUAUUCUCUAGUAAAGUGUCGAAUGCAGACCUGGCAAAUCCCAACCACGAGCAUCGUCACCCGACUUCUCCGGGCCUUUUGUCUCAAGCACUAUCGCUAUGGCAACAGCUGCUAUGGCUGAAUCUGACCAAAAUCCAUGGAAAAGCAGGGAGUUCCGCAAGUGGAUCCCGCACCUGCAGCAAGCCCUCAGCUGCAGUCAAAUUCGCACAGUGUGCCACUCAUGUGGUCUAAUAUCUCAAGGACAAAAGCAAUCGCUUAUGGCUGUAGAAGACCCUGCAAAGCACAAUGAGCUGUUAUUGGAUAUGCUAAGUAAUGGUGAUGCACAGUCCUUGCAUACCUUCUGUGAAAUUGUGCGCAAGAACGAGCCCGAGGCAAACUUUGCCGGAUUUCUAGAUGAGGUCCAAGCCGUAGACGGCUUUAUUAGAGUUACUCCAGGAUGCAGGAAAGACUGCCAGAGAGUCACUAGCCUCAUGAAAGAAUUCCCAUCGACGGAGCGCCAAAAGGUGGUGGAGGCGGCCGAGGACUUGUCACGGAUGCUGAAAUCUCGCAUUGCUCUUAACAAGAGAAGGAAAACCAUUCACCUGCCAAAGCCAACCUCUGCGAUAUUGGUUGAUUUGCAAAGCAACGAGGGUGUGAAUUCAGAGCGACUGCAAGCUUUGUCAGCGGAAAUUCAACACUUGGAGUCCGUCGCCGCAGUUGUCAACGACAUUGACAUGCAGCAGACUGACUAUGAAGGACUGGUGACUGCACCUGGUAGCAAUAUCAGUGCUGAUGUGGAAACAGAGAUUCGACAAAACCCAUGUUUUGUCAGCAUCGGUGCAGCAUCCGCCAACAGAGAUCGCAGCAUCCCCGAAACUAAGCAAUACCUCCAGGACACAGGCUUCAUCGACGUGAACACCACGGUCACAGAGAUCACUGCCUAUCGCAGAGUGACGUUUGACGUACCCGUGAAGAUGUUAGCUAUCCGCGGGGGCAAGCAACUGAAGCAGUUUGAAGGCCAAAGCUCCUCCAUGGUCAAGCUUAUCAUUGACGUGCAGUAUGACAACUGGGUCUGCGAUACCUCAGUGUACAGAGUUAGCAAUAAUCUUCGUUCCCUCCUUGGUGACACAAACAUAACGGCAAGCACUGUACACGGAGAGAGCGGUGGCACGGCAGUACUGGUACAGAUGUCUCACCAGGCUCACCAAAAGCUCUACGAGCUGUGCAGAGAUCGACCUAAAACACUUGCUUCUCUGCAUAUCCUAGAAGUAUCAACUGUAGAUGGAGCGGUCGUCUUUAACCUACGGGACCCUGCAAGUGAUACUAAUGGCUUGGAUCUAAGUGUUCAGGAGGAGAGUGAUGCAGACAUGCCUCUGGAUGGUCCAGGUUUGGGCCAGGACGGCCUGUUCGAGGCAGCUGCUGAUCAGCCGGACCGUGAAACUAGCAGAAAAACAGCUGUUAGAAGCUACUCCCCGCAUUCUCUGUCCUCAGAUGCCUCGGUAGGAAUGAGUGGCCAAGCAGGUUACCCGCAAGUGGCUCCAGCCACUAAGGCAAUGGGUACGUCUCUUCCGUCUUCCCGUGGAGAUUCGAGUACCUCUAUCAUUUCAAAUAGUUCUGCUUUAAGUUCUGCUUUAGAUAAGCAAGCAGCCCAAUUUGCAAAAGCUUCAGCACCCAGGCACUCUCCGAGACCGAGGACAACCGCUCAUGAUCAUGACGUUAAGUCAGCAAGUUCCUCUAUACUAGCAGAGGAUGGCCCGGAUGGGCAGGAAUUGACCUCAGCCCCAGGUCCAGCUAGAAGAUAUCCAGAGACCAGUGCCACCGAUGGUGCAGCUCUUCCCACACGGCCCAUUCCCCGCCCUAGACAUACUUCAAGAGUACCCCCAAACACUCCGCCCCGCACCCUACCAACACCAAACAGCUCAAACCCGGUCAGUCUCACAGUGGAUUUGCCUCCAACCAAGAACUGCGAUCCACAGCUUACGAAUGUUGCCUGUAGGCCGUCCCCCGUUGCCGCUACCAUUGCAGCCUCUGCAAAAGAGAGCAGUGAGUUGAUGCCUCCCUCAAGUCCACCACCUGACUAUACCCCUUCUGCUAAGGUCACAUGGCCGCAGGUGUUCAAGAGAGCAGGAGGGCACGAAUCGAGGUCUACUGAAGUGUGGGGGCUUGCUGGCUACCUGCCGAUAACCUGGGAUUCUUCAGCGCCAUAUAUCAUGCAUGAAGGAUGUCUAUACUAUUUUUGCAACAGCAAGAAAGGGCGUGCAAUGUAUCGGUCGUCGCUGAUCGGAUCCGCCGCUGGAAGUCAAUCAUCCACAGCGUUUCCUAUAGAAUGUGUUGACAUAUCCUGCCUUCCGGAUAGUUCAGCCAUUAGCUCAUUCUGCCUCCGUGGGUCGAGAAUGUACUGCAUACUAAGCAGGGAGGCAGACACGAUCUAUGUCGUCGAUUUACGAUUGAAUCGUGUGGACGGAACAGUGCACUGCGAGUCCUACAUGCAGGCCAAAGAGCAAUCCGUGCUCAUCGACAAGCUAUGUGUGUCAACGGCAGGUACAACGCUGCUAUGCCACUGGAUGGACUCCGGGACACUGCAGGGCUGCUCGUUUGACACUAGCUACCAUGUCACGCCCUUGGAGGAGUGGCCGCAGCAGCAGCACGUGCGCAGGGCAAUAGAGUGCUCUACCAGCAAUGCUACUGCGGUUUUCACCCUGCCCGUGAAGGAUCGCACUUCACAGUGGUGCAUGACUAGGCUGGAUAUCAGUAACGCAGAUGCCACAGCGUCGUCAUGGUCAAAUGCUCAGCUGGAUGGGUUUGACCUUGAGUCUCAUGAUGGUGUGCAUAUCACUGCUGUCGGUGACAAGGUUAUCAUUUCCUCCCAACACCGUCGCCAUGGCAGAGCAGUCUCAUGCUUUCACUGUGUUGAUUACAGUAAGGGGACUUGGACCAAAUGGCCCAGUCUGUCCAGCUUUGAUCCCAACAUCGCUUGGCCGUUGAGGUGUGAUGGCACACGGCUCUUUGCCUUCCAUCCAUCGGGUAGUGUGUAUGUUGCUCUCGGUUUCCCAGAGUAGACCGACCUCUUGCUGACAUUAUCCUGCUUGAAUUCAUGCCGUGCGUAUGUGUGUGUGUGUGUGUAUGGGCAUGAGCUGCCUUUGCUCUGAUCUCUAUGGAUACAGAUCACUGAUUUCAGCUUAGCUACAUGUGUAUGCCCACGUGUCCUGCUUAGCUCCAUUUCUAUGCUCGCUAGCAAUGCCGAGUGUUUCACAGACCCUUGGCUUGCUUCUGUGCAUCGAUCUGUGGAUCACUGUGCGGUGAGUUUGUGACAACCGAAGGCAUGCCUUGUUUUUUAAGACAUUGAUAUUUUGGCUUGCACACAAUUUGGAAAUAUCCAGUUGCAGUAUACCGGUAGUGUCUCAUACCGACACAGACAGAGAGGUCCGUCUUGAGGCAUAGCACGAAGCACUCACUAUAUUACAUGCUGAACAUGUAGUGAUGAUAUUAGUUUUUUUUCAUUUUCUCCUGCCCCUCAAGGCAAACACAAUUCGACGAAGUGAAUCAGCCUGUUAUUCUGCUUUACACUGUGUGUGUGUUCGUUAUUUUUGAAGAUGAUUUUAUCACCUCUAGAUACAGAACAACAAGGACAAUCAAGGCUUGUUUGCUGCUACUUCUUCAAGUCUCAUGCUCUCGCAAUCCUCAGGCAACACAUCUAGAUAUCUUAUCACUGUGCUGCAUAGAUUUACUUCGAAGUAUUUUAUCAGUAAUAUCUACAUUUUGAUCACAAUCAUUAUUGCCUUGCGUUCUGCCCGAAGUUUGAUGGUGUUACCAUGAUUCUGUCAUGAACAACCCAUCUUCUACCCGACGGUCAUCCUCAGCUCUGGUGGAGAUUGACCAUCAUAGCCUUCUUCUGGCUUUGUGGUCCGCAAUGCCAGCAUCACUCAACAGGGAGAUCCACGUGGCAAGUUUUGGCAGUGAGCGGGUACAAGUACAAGUGUGUGUGUGUGUGUGUGUGUGUGUGUGUGUGUGUGUGUGUGUGCCAUGCCAUGUUGGCCGGAUGAACGACGACCGUAUGCCGAAGCGAGUUUUGUUUGGGGAGCUCCCUGCAACGCGCCCUCGCCAUGGUCCACGCAAGCGGUGGCGUGACGUAAUCGUGGAUGAUCUCCGCUCCAUCAUCCCCCCUGUGCCUUCUGACUGCUGGUUUGAUGCUGCCCAGGAUCGCUCUGCCUGGAGGCAGAUUGUUCAUCGUCGUCCUCCCGCCCGUGCUCCCCCUGAUCCUGACUCUGGUUUCCGCUGCACAUGUGGAAAGGUCUGCCGUCGUCCCGGGGAUCUCAAGCGCCACGCUCCGUAUUGCAAAGCUAGCAGAUAGUCCCUUCGCUAUCAUUGCCAUCGGCAAUGGUCACGUUCAAGGUUCAAGGUAUUUCGUCCACGUCCGAUUCCGUCGAUGACAGCAUUGCCACCUUUCGCUGCCCAAGCCAGGAUUUCAAGCAUCAACUGAGCUCUGUGUGAUGCUCAAGCCCGGUCAGGCAGCUGUGGUAAAUCAUAUUACAAUGCAUGCGGUUGACCCAGUGCGAUAUGCCAUGGAACUAUUGGGAAAGUGCAAUCCGAGCCUUGUGCCUGUGUGGGAGAAGUUCACGUUGACCUGCCGGUACGACUUGAAAGCAGUCUUUGUGCCUGGGUUGCAAAGAUCUCUAAUCUUAUGAUAUGGUGCAAAUCUGCCAAGCGGUCAUCCGACGAUCCGACGGCCAUAAGUGGACAUGCUCAGCACUAGUACUUUGAAGUAUCAACAAGGAUUGUGCCAGACCACAUGCCUCAGCAGUGUCAAUAGCAUUGGCAAAUAAUUGACUAAAUUGGGCGGACAGAAGGAUGGUUCAAGCAACUAAACGUUCACCUGGAAGCGCACGCGCACUUGCUGCAUGCGUUUGCGCUGCUCACAGCAGGUGCCAUAUCGUCAUCGUUGACGACAGAGUCUACCGCUCUCCAGUGCUCUAGUCUUAGGAACGCCACUAUCGCGGAGCUCAUAGAUUUCAAGCGUCAACUCGGCA